CGCGCGGCGCCUGCGCACUCGGUGACCUUUCGGAGUCAGCGGCUGCGGUUCUCUGGUGCGGCCUAAGCAGUUAGUCCUUCGCCGAGAUGCUUCAAAGCAUUAUUAAAAAUGUUUGGAUCCCCAUGAAGCCUUACUAUACCCAAGUUUACCAGGAAAUUUGGAUAGGAAUGGGAUUGAUGGGCUUCAUCGUUUAUAAAAUUAGGAGUGCUGAUAAAAGAAGUAAAGCUUCGAAAGGUUCAAGUCCUGGACCUGCUCAUGGUCAUUAACCAGCUUUACUUGGAAUGCACAUGAGAUGAAACAUCAGUCUGCCUGUAAAUCUAAGCAAGCUGUGUUAGAUGGGAACAUGGAACAUCACUGUACACUUAUAUAAGUACCGUGGACUUCUCGGCAUGAAUAAAGUGUGUGUGAGAUCACUACUA